AUGGCGAGUUCUAAUUUUCCAACUCAAAUUCAUAGAGUGAUAACAGUAUUGAUCCUCAUCACAACUCUUUUAACUCCGAUCACUACCAACACAUCACAACCAUGGGAUAUCCUUUCCCAAGACAACUUCGCCGGGAAACUCACCACCGCCUCCUCCUCCGUCGAAUCAGCCGCCACCGAUUUCGGCCACGUCACCAAAAUCUUCCCUUCCGCCGUCUUAAACCCCUCCUCCGUCGAAGACAUCUCCGAUCUCAUAAAACUCUCUUUUGACUCUCAAUCCUCUUUUACUUUAGCCGCUCGUGGCCAUGGACACAGCCUCCGUGGCCAAGCCACGGCUAAAGACGGAGUUGUGGUCAACAUGCGGUCAAUGGUAAACCUGGAUAAGGGCAUCAAGGUGUCUCGGACUGGUUUGUUUGCUGACGUGGACUCUUCGUGGCUAUGGAUCGAAGUGUUGAAUAAAACGUUGGAGUUAGGGCUGACGCCGGUUUCUUGGACGGACUAUCUGUAUUUAACGGUGGGCGGAACGUUAUCUAACGGUGGAAUUAGUGGACAAACGUUUCGGCACGGUCCACAGAUCACAAAUGUUCUAGAGAUGGAUGUUAUUACUGGAAAAGGAGAGAUUGCAACUUGUUCCAAAGACAAAAACUCGGAUCUCUUCUUCGCUGUGUUAGGAGGCUUGGGUCAAUUCGGAAUCAUAACAAGAGCCAGAAUCAGAGUCCAAUUAGCUCCAAAAAGGGCUAAGUGGCUAAGGUUUCUAUACACCGAUUUCUCCGAAUUCACAAGAGAUCAAGAACGGUUGAUAUCACAAACGGACGGUCUAGAUUUCUUGGAAGGUUCCGUUAUGCUUGACCAUGGCCCACCUGAUAACUGGAGAUCCACUUAUUAUCCACCGUCCGAUCAUUUGAGGAUCGUCUCACUGGUCAAACGACACCGUGUCAUCUACUGUCUCGAAGUCGUCAAGUAUUACGACGAAACUUCUCAACACACGGUCAACGAGGAAAUGGAUGAGUUAAGCGAGAGUUUAAACUAUGUAAGAGGGUUUAUGUACGAGAAAGAUGUGACAUAUACGGGUUUCUUAAACCGGGUUCGUACCGGAGAGCUAAAAUUGAAAUCCAAAGGCCAAUGGGACGUUCCACAUCCAUGGCUUAACCUUUUUGUACCAAAAUCUCAGAUUUCAAAGUUUGAUUACGGCAUUUUUAAGGGUAUCAUCCUUAGAAAUAACAUCACCUCCGGGCCGGUUCUUGUUUAUCCCAUGAAUCGCAACAAGUAA